CUCAUUCAAUAAUUUUACUUAAUAACUCUUUCUUUCACGUUUCUCUUUUUUGCUUUUUCCCUUGUUCUUUCUGUUGUCAUCUGCUGUCACUCACUCCCCCCUUCUCUUCUUUCACCUUUCUUCUCUCUUUACCCUUUCUUUCUGCCGUAUAAACCGCGUUGUUUUAAGAUCCAGCACCAAAAAAAAGACCCAUCUUCUGGUAUCUGAUCAAUGUGGUUUGAGUAGAAAUUUUCAAAAGGUGUUUGGAUUUGGGUUUCUAGAUGCUUGAAAAGACUAUAUAGGUUUGUGGUGCACGGAUGGAAGAGGAUGGUGAAUUCAGGUGCUGGGAUGAAUUGAUUCCAGAUGCACUUGGGUUGAUUUUCAAUAAUCUUUCACUCCAGGAGAUACUCACUGUAAUCCCAAGGGUGUGCAAAUCAUGGCAGAGAGCAGUUAGUGGACCUUAUUGCUGGCAGGACAUCGACAUCGAACAAUGGAGCCAACAAUGCCGGCCCGAGACCCUUGAUCGCAUGCUUCAAAUGCUGAUUACUAGAAGUUCGGGUUCACUCCGCAAGCUCUGUGUUACUGGUCUCCCUAAUGGCCAGAGUUUUUCAUUCAUUGCAGAUAAUGCGAAAUCUCUUCGGACUUUACGGCUGCCAAGAAGUGAAAUAAAUGAUUCAGUAGUGGAACAGGUUGCUGGGAGGCUCUCUUCGGUGACUUUCUUGGAUGUUAGUUACUGCAGGAAUAUUGGAGCUCCGGCACUUGAAGCAAUAGGCAAGCACUGUAAGUUACUAAUGGGAUUGAGGAGAACAAUGCACCCGUUAGAGGUAGUUGGCAAACUGUCUCAAGAUGAUGAGGCCCUUGCUAUUGCUACCACAAUGCCGAAGCUCAAGCAACUCGAGGUAGCAUACUUGCUUAUUAGCACAGAAGGUGUGGUUAAGAUACUUGAAAACUGCCCUGAGCUUGAAUUAUUGGACGUGAGAGGAUGUUGGAACGUGAAGCUGGAUGAAAAUCUUGUCAAGAAAUUCUCACGGCUGAAGGUGGUCGGACCUCUCGUUGUGGAUUAUUUUGGGAUGAAGGGCUGGGAUGAUUGUUCAAACUAUUCAGGUUCCUCAGGUUACUUGGCCUGGGACUUUGUUGCUGGAGAUGUCGGUAUUGAUUACGAUGAUGUGAUAUCAGAUGUGGAUUGGGAAGACGACCAAAGUAUAGAAGAUGUGGAAAUGAGGUUCUACGACGGUUUUGACUUGGAAAAUGCUGCGUUCGAUUGGCCCCUCUCCCCUUGAAGGGAUUGUUAUCCAUUCGAGCUCCACACAGACUGCGGUGAGCACUUUUUUGCUUCCCCUUUGCUAUGCACAAACAUUGUUCUUAUAAGGUAGUAGUAUAUAAAACAAGUUUUCCUAUGAGUAUUUGUAAUAAUAAAAAAAUAGAACUUGUAAUAUGUAGCAAAAGAAUGUGUUUCCCUAGUAAUUGAGAUGGACAUGUCAUAGCAUUUCCAUGCCCCAUGUCACAUGCUUUAUGUACUGUACCUACAAUAAUUAUACAAUUAGUGGGAUUUGUAAA